AUGAACAUGCAAAAGAGACCUUGUCCUGCUGGCUUGAGCGGUUGGCAUCGGGACCUAGCCCAAGAGGACCUGGUCACUGAAUAUGGUGCAUGGAAGUUUCUGAAAGUUCAUCUGCUGCACCAGUCGGGAGUUUGCUACGGCCGGGUCUCAAACAAUCUUCCUCAGCCCUCCGACGUUCUCAACCUCAUCAAAUCCAACGGAAUUACAAGAAUUCGCCUCUUCAAGGCUGACCCAGAUGCAUUAAAACCAUUCUCCGGCAUCGGAAUCCAGCUUAUGAUCGGUGUCCCCAACGAGGCCCUACCUUCCCUCGCCAACGGCAUUGUAAACUAG